UCAUUUUUUCAGAGGAGUAAAAAUUAAGUUCCACGUGAAGAAAAUGAAAUGGACUCAAAGAUAACCACAUAUCCUGGGCCUUAAACAUCGUAGGAACUCAAGAGUCACUGCCCGAGUCAGGCAGGAGAAGCUCUGUGGAGGCUGGUGGGCAGGCUGUACCCCAGGUGGCCUGGUAACAGAGGACAGGAGAGCGCACCAGGGGCUAGCAGUGCGGAUGGAGAGAUGUGCACAGACGUGAGGUGCAUAGGAGGGCUUCGCCCUGAUGCGGGCUGAGGAGCCCCCACUCAGGGCCUCAACCCCCAUCCCUGCCAUAGCAGAGCUCGGUGUUACCCCUGAAGCCCUCAGGGGGAGCAGUCAGACCGCCGCCUGGGGGCCCGAAGGUCGAGAAGGCUAGGUGCCAUCCUGUACCUGGGCAGAGCGACGCAGACUCUCGGAGACGCAGCAGAGAGACCUAAGGGAUGUGGACAGCUGUGCAGCUGAGAGCAUGACCUCGUUCCCCAAGGAAGCCUCUGCAGGUGCGGAGACCAACCAGGAGGACGCUGCGGGUGAGACCUGGGGCACUCCAGAGCAUCCGGAGGUGGCGCCUCAGAGCCCGGAGGACGGACGGGCAAGGACACGGGUUCCCGCAGAGCCCGGGGCCUGUCCUGCCCAGGAUGAACACCUGGACGUGGUCCCGGUAUCCAGUGAGCUGGGUGGCCGCGUGGAGAUGGAAUUUAGACCAGAACUCACUUCUUUGAUUUGGGGAACGGAACAUGCAGAAGAGAAGGGGGAGACUUUUCCAGACACCUCUGCUCGGCCCAGAUUUGGACCUGCCUGGGAAGAGCAUCUGUCAGAAACCAACCAGCCACGGGGCUCCGUCAGGCAGGGGGAAGAGCUGCGGUCUCUGGGGGCGCAAGAAGACGCCUGUUACCCCAUGACCAGUACUCCUGGGACUCAGAAGGAGCCUCGGGCUGAGGAACUAUCCCCUACAGCUCUGGGUCCUACACUGGAGCCAGGAGGAUGGUCCUGCCAGCCCGUUUCUUUACCUGGCUCUUUUCCUGCUGGGGAGUCACCUGACCAAGAAGCAGCUCAGGAUAGCCAGCAGGAGGGAUCUGAGCCUGGGAAGGGGACGGUGUUCGGCUUGGGGACUGAGAUGGCCGCUGCCAGUACAGCCGGGACUCCUCCAAGGACACCAGACUCAGCUCCUUCCAGUCCUGCUGAAGUUUCCCCCAGCACAACUACAUCAUCAUCUGCCAGCUCCCCACUUGCCUCUCCCAGGAGGGAGCCGUCUCUUGCUGCACAUUCUCUAGAAACCUCCAGAGCAUCUGUUUGGACCAACAGGGCAUCUCACUGUGGGGCUUUGGAGACUCCCGCUGCUGCCCUCCAUGGCUUCCCCUCUGCAGAGGCCGCCGUGGAAAUCUCCACCAGCCCCAGUUGGACCAGCCCUCAGAGCCCCCCCAGCCACCCUACAGGGGCUGUCCAGCACCUGAGGAGCAACUCCUUCCCGGGCUCUCAUAGGACAGAGCCGACUCCGGACCUGCUGGGAAUAUCACUUUCCUUCUCCCAUUCAGAGUUGCCCCAGAGGCCCCCCAAACCUGCCGUCUCUGGCUCUGUGACUCCAAGAAGGGACAGGAAAGGUGGUAGGGACCACAGGAUCAUUCCAGAAUCCCCUAGUUCAUUAUCCACUCUGGGGCAAGACUCUCAAGAGUUCACUUCAAAUCCAGAAAUGUCCAGCAGUCCCCACAGCAGCCAGCCGUGGGGCUCCCCACACACUUCAGCCUUUUCCCCAGGGCCUCCUGCCUAUGGCUCUUCCCCACCCCUUGUCUCUGUAGAUACGAGGAUCCAUGAACCUCUGCCCCCUCCUACCCCAGAGAAGAGGCAUGUCCAACCCUCCAUGGUGGAAAGAGACAGCCAUCUCCAUGCAGGGGUUUCCACACUGAAACGGUGUGCCCAUCCUCUUCCAUUGGCCCCAGGUUUGGGGCUACAUGGCCCCCCCAAAGGCCCACUUCCCCCAGUUCCUGACCCCCUUGUGGCAAGGCAGCACCGACCUCUGCCCUCUAUCCCAGACACGCCCCACCCUCCUCAGACCUCGUUCUCCCGCAAACUGAGAUACAACAAGCCAUUACCCCCAACCCCUGAUUUGUCCCAGUCCCACCAUCCUGUUUCUUUUAGUAGUGCAAGGAUCUACAGGCCUCUACCCCCUGUCCCUAUCAUGGAUCCCCCCACUGAACCACCCCCAUUACCCCCAAAGUCCAGGGGGAGGAGCAGGAGCACUCAGGGAGGACUCAUGAAUUCAGGGGGUCAGGGCAAGCCAAGGCCUGUUUGUCAAGAGUGGACAGUCUCCACUCCCCAUUCUGUUGGACGUACCUCCUGGCCCCCAGCUAUGGGUCGGUCGACAGACUCUUUGGCUUCUACCAGCAGGAAUAAGAGUGAAGUGUCCCCUGGCAUGGCUUUCAGCAACAUGGCAACCCUUCUGAGUCCCUCUUCCCCAACCACGCCCUGGAAUCUGGAACUCCAGGGACCUGCCUCUGAACCAGGACCCUCAGAAGAGUCUGAGGCCCCUGCCAGAGGGUCUUCGAGAACAGCCCCUCAGGAAGGAGCCAAUGGCCUGAGGAGGUUGGGUCGAGGCCAAGCAAGGCAGUCAGACAAAGUCAGCCAUCCCCACCUGGAGAAGGCAUCCAGCUGGCCCCACAGGCGAGACCCAGGGAGACCCCCGGAGGGCGGCAGCGGGCAGGUUGCAGACCCCGGCGAGGGGUCCAGUAAGCACAAGGGCUGGAAUCGGCAAGGCCUGCGCAGGCCUUCUAUCUUGCCUGAGGGCUCUUCAGAGACGAAAGGUCCAGCCGUAGAAAAAUCCCCUGGCUCUUCAGACACCAUCGUUUUUCGGGAGAAGAAACCAAAGGAGGUGUUGGCAGGCUUUUCAAGACGCUGCUCGAAGCUCGUCAACUCCUCCCAUCUGCUUUACCAGGAGUACAGCGAUGUGGUUCUGAACAAGGAGAUUCAGAGCCAGCAGCGGCUGGACAGCCUGGGAGAGGCGCCCGGGCCCGCCUCCCCGCGGCAGCCCCGGAGGGCCCUGGUCUCCUCGGAGUCUUACCUGCAGCGCCUGUCCGUGGCCUCCAGCGGCUCCCUCUGGCAGGAGAUCCCGGUGGUGCGCAAUAGCACCGUGCUGCUCUCCAUGACCCACGAAGACCAAAAACUGCAGGAGGCCAAAUUCGAGCUGAUCGUGUCAGAAGCCUCAUACCUGCGCAGUCUGCAUGUGGCAGUGGACCAUUUCCAGCUUUCUGCCCCACUGCGGGCCACCCUUACCAACCAAGAAUACCAGUGGCUCUUCUCUCGUUUACAGGACGUGCGUGAAGUCAGCACCACGUUCCUUUCAGACCUGGAGGAGAACUUCGAGAACAACAUCUUCACCUUCCAAGUGUGCGAUGUGGUCCUGAACCAUGCCCCCAACUUCCGCCGGGUCUACCUGCCUUACGUCACCAACCAGACCUACCAGGAACGCACCUUCCAAGUCCUGCUGAACAGCAACAGCAGCUUCCGGGAGGUUCUGGAGAAGCUGGAGAGCGAUCCUGUCUGCCAGCGCCUUUCCCUCAAGUCCUUCCUGAUCCUGCCUUUCCAGCGCAUCACCCGUCUCAAACUGCUGCUUCAGAACAUUCUGAAGAGAACACAGCCUGGCUCUUCAGAGGAAGCAGAAGCCACCAAGGCACAUCAUGCCUUGGAGGAGCUGAUCCGAGACUGCAACAACAAUGUCCAGAGGAUGCGCCGGACAGAGGAGCUCAUCUACCUGAGCCAGAAGAUUGAGUUUGAGUGCAAAAUAUUCCCGCUCAUAUCGCAGUCACGCUGGCUGGUGAAGAGUGGAGAGCUGACGGCCCUCGAGUUCAGUCUCUCCCCAGGGCCGCGAAGGAAACUGAACACGCGUCCAGUUCACUUGCAUCUCUUCAACGACUGUCUGUUGCUGUCUCGGCCCCGAGAGGGUAGCCGGUUCCUGGUAUUCGACCAUGCUCCCUUCUCCUCCAUCCGAGGGGAAAAGUGUGAAAUGAAGCUACACGGACCUCACAAAAACCUCUUCCGGCUCUUCCUGCUGCACAACGCACAGGGCACGCAGACUGAGUUCCUCUUCAGCACAGAGACCCAAAGUGAAAAGCUUCGAUGGAUCUCAGCCUUGGCCAUGCCCAGAGAGGAGUUGGACCUUCUAGAGUGUUACGACUCCCCGCAAGUACAGUGCCUUCGAGCCUACAAACCCCGAGAGAAUGACGAGUUGGCGCUAGAGAAGGCAGACGUGGUCAUGGUGACUCAGCAGAGCAGCGAUGGCUGGCUGGAGGGCAUGAGACUCUCAGAUGGGGAGCGAGGCUGGUUCCCUGUGCAACAAGUGGAGUUCAUUUCCAACCCAGAAGUCCGAGCCCGGAACCUGAAGGAAGCUCAUCGAGUCAAGACUGCCAAACUACAGCUGGUGGAACAGCAGACCUAGCUUUCUCUGGGAGGAAUCCCCUGAGCAUAAGGACAAGAUGUUCCUGGAAAGGGCUGGCCCCAGAACCCUUCAACAGAGGCUUUCUGUGGACCAAGAACUAGACCUUUGGAAAACUCAAGAACAAAAACCCAGCUACCAGUUGCUAGUCCCAAACCUCCUGUUUUUGUGCUUUGUGCUUGGUGGAGGGAUUUUGAAGGACUUUGCACUGGACUCUGAGAAGCUUUUCUCAUAAGAAAAGGGAGAAAUGGGGCCUAAGCCAAGGAACUUUACCUCUACUACCAUAUAGUACUUAAACAUUCUCUGUUUCCAGAGUACAGAUUCAGGGCUGACCAAAGUUAACAUCGCGGCUACAAGUUAAACAGAAUCUGAUCUCAGUUCACUGGAGGGAGAUGUUUAAGGGGGAUUAACACAUCAGAUGAGAGGAUCAAGCUAGUGACCUCUAAGGUGCCUUCCAACUCAAGAGAUUUUCCCUAAUUAUUGGUGUGAGGUCAGGGCAUGCAUCUCUGGGAUCUAUGUCUGUUGGUGGCAAUGUGAGGGUUGUACUCUCUCACGCUAAUAAACUUGGCACUUCUCUGAGUGUUUUCUUCUCA